AAAAUGAUCAACAUACUAUUCUUUCUUAUGGGUUUGGCGGCAAGUAUUAACGGCCAUAAGUUUGAUACUAUGCAAAGCAAAUUGAAAGAGGACUUAGAAAUAGAUAAAGAACUAAAACUUAUUAACAAAACUCCUGUCAAGAGUAUCCACACAAAAUUUGGGUAUAUUGUUGAUUGCAUUGAUAUUAAUAAUCAACCAAGUUUUGAUCAUCCUUUGCUGAAAAAUCAUAAGUUGCAGAAAAAGCCCAGCUUUAUAACUGUACCCAGUAAGAAGACUUUUUCAAGUAAGGCUAUAUUCGGACUACAAAAAGACGAAUGUCCAAAGGGAACUGUUCCUAUUAAGAGAACAACGAAAGAGGAUUUAAUUAGAGGAAAAAUAUAUUUUAAUAAUGGGUUUCUUGAACAUAUUCAUGGAAAUCAUUAUGCAGAAGUCAUAUCGGGAUAUUUUCCAUUUUACAAAGGAGUUACAGGAUCAACUAGUAUAUAUGAUGUUAAUGUUUCAAAUGACCAGUCAAGUUCUAGUGUAAUGUAUGUUCGCAAUGGACCUGAUAGCACAAGUUAUAUCGGAAUGGGAUGGCAUGUGGCUCCGCAAUUGUACAACGAUCAUGCGGCUCAUUUUUAUGCAGUAUGGACGACAGAUAAUUUCAAGAAUACUGGAUGUUUCAACUUACAAUGUUUGGGAUUUGUUCAAAUUAGUCGACAAAAUUACCUUGGUGGAAAUAUUUUAAAUACAUCUAUCUAUGAUGGACGAACAUUUGAAAUGACAAUAUCUAUUACUCAGGAUCCGAAAACACAAAAUUGGUGGCUAACUCAAGAAAAUGAAAUAAUUGGUUAUUUUCCUAUAUCAUUAUUUUCUAAUUUGAUAUAUGCGCAUCAAGUAGGAUGGGGUGGUAGAACUUCCACUGCUCAACAUGGUCCUAGUCCUCAAAUGGGUUCUGGAGUAUUUCCUGAUAACAUAUAUAAUCACGCAAGUUAUUUUAUAUAUGUUUCAUUUGUAGUUAAUUCCCUCGAGAGAAUUGAGCCCGAAAAUUAUAUGGUAGAAACAUUCAACGACAAACCUAAAUGCUUUUUUGCUAAAUAUUAUGGACUACAAGACGAAGAUGUUAGGUAUAGUCUUCAAUUUGGAGGUCCAGGGGGUAAUUGUGGUGAUUAA